CAGACAGUCGCGCGGCUCUCCGGGAUGACUCCCACACCGCAUCGGCGAUGUAGCAACCGAGCACAGUUUUUAACCUAAAAAAACCCCCAUCUACCUCAGAUGAUCAGCUGUAGACCGUGUGUGUGUCCGAGCAAAGCGUUUCUGCAGUGCGAUGCUGACAAUAUGUUUCCUCGUCGAGAAGCGCGGCGCUGUGCAGAAUAGAGGAGGCAGCGGAGUGGAGCAACGUGCACAGUUACAGCGGGCUGUCAGGCAACAUCAUGGAGGCUGGAUGUGUGGUUGCCGCGGUGAUUGAGAAUGCUGCCUCAGGACCCCAGGGUGAACCAGGAAGUAGUGACGUCCUUGAGGGAGAUUUGCUACCAUGUACUGACCUGGACAAAGAAGAUGCCUUACCUCAAGCCACAAACAGUAAUCCUCCAGAAGAGAAGCAGCCACAGGAGACAUCCACUGCCAUGGUGCGGAGUGAUGACAUCACAGAGCACCCAGCCGAGCCCCUCCUGCGCUCCUGCGUCAGCACGGCUAGUAUGAAGGUCAAGAACAUGAAGAAGCUGACGUUCCCCAGAGGUCACUUCCCCAGGUUGGCAGAGUGUGCCCAUUUCCACUAUGAGACUGUUGACUUUGGCAACGUUCAGUUGGCCUUCACAGAGGGACCAAGCGAAGGACCCAGGGCUGGCCUGGACGCCAAAGAGCUGGUACUUCUGGUCCAGAUCACUUGCCAGGGUCGAAACUGGCUGGUUAAGAGAUCUUACGAAGACUUCCGGGUGCUGGACAAACACCUCCACUUGUGUAUCUAUGACCGGCGUUACUCCAGGCUCACUGAGCUGCCAAGAUACGACACAUUAAAGGACACUGUUGAGUCAGUAACCAAGAUGUUGGCCACCUACCUGUCUCGCUUCUCCGCCAUUGCUGACAACAAGAUCAACUGUGGUCCAGUACUAACAUGGAUGGAGAUCGACAACAAGGGGAACCACAUGCUGGUGUCUGAGGAAGCCUCGAUCAAUGUGCCCGCCAUCGCUGCUGCACACGUCACCAAACGUUACACAGCCCAAGCCACAGACGAGCUGACCUUUGAGGUGGGGGACAUUGUGUCAGUUAUAGACAUGCCUCCCAAAGAAGACACAGGCUGGUGGAGAGGGAAGCAUGGCUUUCAGGUUGGUUUCUUCCCCUGCGACUGUGUUGAGCUGAUAAAUGACAAGAUUCCCUCCAGCGUUCAAAGCUCAGUACCGAAGCCAGUGUGUAAGAAGCAUGGGAAGCUGGUAACAUUCCUGAGGACUUUUAUGAAGUCUCGACCGCCGCCUCAGAAGCUGCGGCAGCGCGGCAUUCUCAAAGAGAGAGUGUUUGGCUGUGACUUGGGGGAACAUCUCCACAACUCAGGACAUGAGGUCCCACAGGUUGUUAAGAGCUGUGCUGACUUCAUAGAGAAACAUGGAGUCGUGGACGGAAUCUACAGACUGUCCGGGAUCUCCUCCAACAUCCAGAAACUGAGGCACGAGUUUGACUCAGAACAGAUCCCAGACCUGAGCAGAGAAGUCUUCAGACAGGAUAUCCACUCAGUGGGCUCCCUCUGCAAGCUGUAUUUCAGAGAGCUACCCAACCCUCUGCUCACCUACCAGCUCUACGACAGAUUCUCAGAGGCUGUGUCUGCAGCCACAGAUGAAGAGAGGCUGGUCAAAAUCCACAAUGUCAUCCAGCAGCUGCCGCCUCCACAUUACAGGACUCUGGAGUACCUCAUGAGACACCUCUCCCACCUGGCCACCUUCAGCCCCAUCACUAACAUGCACACUAAAAACCUGGCUAUUGUCUGGGCACCUAACCUCCUCAGGUCCAGACAGAUCGAGUCGGCCUGUUUUAGCGGCACAGCAGCAUUCAUGGAGGUGCGUAUCCAGUCAGUGGUUGUGGAGUUCAUCCUCAACAAUACCGAGGCUCUUUUCAGCCCUAAACUCAAUGCCAUCAUACGGGAAAGCACAGGUAACAACACCUUAUCCAGACCUAAGUCCCUGCUGGUCUGCUCCCCAUCCACAAAGUUACUAUCUCUGGAGGAGGCCCAGGCCCGCACUCAGGCACAGCUGGGCUCCCCGGCCACCACCCCCUGCCUCACCCACAGUGACUACAUCGAGGUUGGGGAGGGACCCGGAGCUCUUCUCGGCAAGUUCCACACAGUCAUCGAACUCCCGAUGGAAAGCAGCAAGCGGCCUCCAGCUAAGGCUAAGAAGUCUCCUGUGGGGAACUGGCUCUCCUUUUUCCACCUGGGCAAGUCACAGUCUGUGUCCAAACGUAAACUGAAGCGACACCCAAGCGAGCCUAACGAGAUAAAAAGCAUUGCACUGCCAGGUGGAAGAGGAGAUAGUGGCACAUUGCGCUCUACCAAAAGUGAGGAAUCUCUUACCUCUCUACACAAUGUGGAAGGGGAACCUCCGAGUUACCGCCCACGCAGACCGCGUUCCACUAGUGAGGCCAUUUCCUCCGUCUAUAGAGAUGACCUACGCAACACCAGAAGUAAAGACGACCACAGAACCCACCCAUUUAAUGAGAGUCACAGUGGCGGUGAUCUUGUCUGCACCCCAGCAUGUAUUUCACCUCCACACCAGGAGGAUGAUCUCGAUCUUUGUCCACCUGCUGCCGGCAUCUCUAGUUUGGACUUUGACCCAAUGUCUUUUCAGUGCAGCCCACCCACAGCUACACCAGGGCUGCAACGCAACAAAGACGGAAAUAAAUGGAGGAAGAGUGCAGGGUGCUCUAGUGAAUCAGAGCCCAUCUCGUCUCCUAACAACAACAUUAGCUGCUCUCAGUCUCCAGACAUUAGCCCGGUUCUCUUUAAAGGUGGGAAGAAGGUUACCUCCAAGCCGCUCUCUCCUAAACUCAGGAAGAAAUCCUUUAAGACGCAAGCAGAUGUUCAGAAUGCAUCUGCCUCUCCUCCACCUCUUCCCUCCUCUUCUCCCCCUGUGGAGAAAUGUGAAGUUCCACUGGCAGCUGGAAAGGGACACAGAGCGCCCUACCAACACUGCAGCCCACUCAGCACUGCAAGCCAGGCAUCAGCCCUGACUGACCUCAGUCAGUCUGCACAGAACCUGCCUGAUCCAGGAACAGAUAGACUUAUGAGUUCAGUUUCUGUUCUCCCUCCUCACCCUCCCCUGACGAGUGCUGCACGCAAGUUGGCUUUGGCUCUGGCUGAAUCUGCCCAGAAGGCGAGCAGUGGCUCCCAGAGAAGAAACAACUUCCCAUCACAACCUCACCAGAGACCGGAAGCCCUUCACGCCCAGGACAGACCACCCCGGCCCUCUGUUCUCGAUCUUAAAGUGUAUCCCGAGGAGUACUGCGCCCCUCAUGUUUCCCAGUGGCAAAUGUCGACGCACAGCCCUGUGGAGAGCCACCGCUGCCCUCAUCCUGUUCGUUUCCUACCUGCACACCUCGGCUCGGAGCCAUCGCAAGUCACUGAUGGACAGGAAAGCAUGUGCAAUUACACACCUAAUGUCAGCCCGCUCGGGUCAGGGAGCUUGGAUGAAGGCAGUGCAGAGAGGAGGGACCAAAGAGAGGAAAAAGAUAUUAGGGGUGUCACGCAAGCAGAACCCACCUAUCAGAGCGUUGGCGUUUCAACACCCACCCAACCUGUGUGCUCAACUCCAAGCCCGUCAGCUUCUCCUGUAUAUGUGAACACUGACUCUGUCAAUGUAUUUAAUUUCCGGACUGUUUUGGCGGAGACCUCCAUGCCUGCCUCAGUUGAGGAGGUCCUUCCACGUCCAUUGAAGACCUCCUCAUCCCACCACUACAGCCCAGAGGAGGACAGACCUCUAGGCCUGGUUGAGGAUGUCUAUGGUAAUCAUCAUUAUCAUCAUCAUCAUUUGCCAAUUCAAACAGGCCGAAUGCCUGUACCUCGCUGCCCUCGGCCCGACGCUCUGCCGCAUCACCUUAUGGGGCCAAAGAGCAUGUACAGGCAGUCCUCUGAAAGCCGCUUCAGCACUUUAGGGUUAAGGUACCCUUUGUCACCUCAGUACAGACGUUACCAUAGAGAUGAGCACCUUAUCAGUGGCUGCCACAGGCAACAAGGCCAAUGGCAGAGGUCAGAAGAUAGAAUAGUUGGGCACCCAGCCAUCCGGAGGGCUCGCUCCUUCCAUGCCCCUCAGACUAGUCACUACGAGCUGGCAGAGGCAGAAGUCCUGCCCCCUGACACCAUGUUUUAUGUCGAGCAGACGUCGAGCCAGGAAGUGCCCUAUCAGAGGCUGAUUCAGACCGGCAUCCACCCUGUUCGGCCGCAGUUUGAGAACACACAUGCUGACUAUCGUUACAGCCCCUAUUCUGAUAUGAACCCAGUAGAUGGCUCCCACUAUUAUGUAGAGCCCUGCCGGCAAAGCGGCAUCCAACACAGUCAGUCUUACACAAUGCGUUCAACAAGGGAAAGUGGACAAUCUGAUUACUACAACUACUCUCCACACCAUGUCCCUCCUGUGAACAGGGAGCUUUACAUACAAAGCAGGGACACUGUUGUUUACGAGGCCAGAGAUGCAGAAGUUUUUGAAAGAGUUGUGUAUCAACCUGUCAAGCAUGAGAGUAAGUCCAGACAUAAAAAUACAUGUCCGGCUGUAUCUCCUUAUGAGAGCCCUGUCUCGCCGACUGACACAAGAAGCAGAGACAUAACGCACACAAGAAGCAAGUCAGACCCUGGAAACGCCUGCCUCCUCUCCACCGGCAUGACAGAAAGCCAAAAUCUAGUGGUAGCUACAUCCCCAAGUUCACCAAGGUCUCAACACGCAGAUCCUGAGGUCACAAGGCAGCAGUAUGGUCACCGGUCGAGUGUGGAGCUGGGACCAUCCAGGCGGAUUCUGAUCAAAGAGAGCUCCUCUCAGCAGCCACUGCUUCGCAAAGUCCCCUCUCUUCCAGAGAGGGGCUGCCCUAACCUCAAGAACAUCGACCACAAUGAAAGAAGUCAUACACGAGGUCACGACCAUGAUCGAUUAAUGAUGACCAAUGCCGUCAACAGCUACUCUGGCAUUGUGAAACCCAGCAUCCUCAGGAGGCCGGGGAGGUCGCAGAGCACCAGAGAAAAUCGUCACUACUAUCAUCACCACGCCAAAUCCCCUCUGGAUCCUGAACAUCUGGGAUCCUUUUCUACUCAGCCCAACAGAAGGACUCAGAGCACUAAAGUCAGGCCCACACAAUAUGACCACAUGGAGGGGUGUUACGCAGCAGCCAAACCUAAACCCACAAGAUCCGGUAAAGCCGCGGCCGGAUAUUUGCCUGGCCAGGGCUGCAUGUCUCCCCGCGGGCAGAGACUGCUUUCCAAGGCUCUGGGUCAUGAGGCUUUCUAUCAUGCUGCACUGAGAUCAGAGGCCGGUGUCUACGAGUGAUUCUGACCACCAGUUUUAUCUGAUUCCACAUCGGGGCCAAAGGAAAACAGCACUUUAUCCUCUGCCAGACCAACAGACUGUUGUGUUGAAAGUGUGUUUGUUUUAACCUACAGGAGCUGCUAAAAAGUGCGAAGUGAGGCUGCUGCUGGGGAUCAUGCUGUCACCAUCGCUGGUAGUUAUAUAUUUUGCAGUGGCUUUUGAGAGAGCUCAAAGGGAACAAUUGAUGCAGAUAUUGUCUUAAAUUUAGA